AUGGCUGCAGAUAAUCAACCUCCACCUGAAAUCUCAACAAUUAUAGAGAAAACAGCAGAGUUUGUUGCUAAACAUGGUGAGAACUUUGCAGAGAAAGUAAAGGCAAGAGAGAAAAAUAAUCCCAAGUUUAAUUUCUUACAUGAUGGCGAUAUUUAUAAUAGAUACUUUUUGAAUAAAGUAGAGGCACAUCGACAAAAGAUACAAUCAGCAAAGCCUGCUACACCUGCUGCACCCACUACAUCUUCACCACCAACCGAUACCACUGCUACAUCUACAACACCGACUACUGCAACUGCAACACCUUCAGCACCUUCGACAACCACAACUUCACCGACAACAACAACAACAACACCACCUGCACCAACAGUUACAACACCUGCACCACCUGCAGAACCAGAGCAACCACAACGUGUCAUCACCGAACCAACUCCAUUACUAUAUAUUCUUGAAGUACCAGACGAUAUGAAUUCAUUAGAUUAUGAUACAAUUAGGUUGACUGCACAAUUUGUUGCGAUGAAUGGUGAACAAUUUCAAAGUGGUUUGGCAUUGAGAGAGUCAAAGAAUGCACAGUUUGAAUUUUUGAAACCAACACACCAUUGGCAUGAAUGGUUUAGAGCAUUGGUGGAAUCUUAUGCAGCUAUUAUUUAUCCUCCAAAGAAUAUCAAGGAGAUGCUGGCGACAGAGGAUUUCACUGAUAAGAAUACUAUAUUGGACAGAUCGAUCAAUCGAUUCGAAUGGAACAAACAGGAACAGAUUGCAAAGAAGAAGGCAGAGGAGGAAGCCGAUCAAGAGAGAGCGAUGUUUGCUGCUAUCGAUUGGCAUGAUUUCGUGGUCGUUGACACCAUCGACUUUACUGGUGACGACCUCGAGUCAUUGCCACCACCAAAGACAUUCGAACAGUUGAUAAAGCAUCAAUUCGACGAAGAUGCAGAUCGCGAAGAGGAAAUGGAUGUCGAGAUGGACACUGAGAUGGAUAUGGACGAUGGCGAUAGCGCGUCAACCACCGCCACCUCUGAGAAGACCGAAUCGAAGCUGAAAAUCGUCAAAGACUAUCAAAAGACAAACAAACCUGUUGCUUCGACACAAAAGAAGAUCACUCAGGCAUGUCCCAUUUGUAAACAAGAGAUUCCACUCGAUGAAAUGCAAGAGCACAUGAGAAUAGAGCUGAUGAUGAGAAACAACGCAAAGAAAGACAACAGUAGCAACAACUUUGGUGGCGCCACACUCAAUUACGAUACCGAUAUCGCCAAGAAUCUCCAGUCGUUUGCCAACAGUCGUACCGAUAUCUUUGGUGAUGACGACGAUGUAGAACAAGCCAGAAAGAAGGCCGCUGAAGAACCAGCGGUUGAAAAGGUUAUAUGGGAUGGUCACACUGGAAGCAUUCCAAGAACACAGAAUGCAGCGUAUGCAGCACAACAAGAGAAACAACAAUCACAUCAUCAGAAACAACAACAGCAACAACAACAACAAGGAAUGUCAAUGCAAGAUAUGUAUAUGCAACAACAAGCUGCUGCGGCAGCUGGUAUGAUGCCACAGAACUAUAUGAUGAUGGGAAUGAUGCCAUUCCCACCAGGAGUUCCAUUCAUGCCUGGUAUGAUGCCACCACCAAUGAACAUGAUGAAUCCAAAUGCAGCUACACCCAUUACAAAUACAACAUCAACCAUCGCAAUAGACGAACCAACUUCAAAGAAACAGAAAACAGAAGAUCUACUUAUUCCAGAGGAUGAAUACAUCAGAGACAAUCCAGGACCUGUACAAAUUACAAUUGAAGCGACCAACGAAGGAAAUGCACAAACAUUCUCAAUUACUUUUAAUCCAAGGGAUACCAUUACUAUACUCAAAGAAAAGAUUAAAGAUUUGAUUGGAAUUGCUCCAAAUAAACAAAAACUCAAAGCUCCAGGUUUAUCGAUUUUGAAGGAUCAACACACUAUUGGAUUUUACAAUUUGAAACCUGGAACCGUUAUUACUGCUGGUUUGAAAGAAAGAGGUGGUAGAAAGAAAUAA